CCUUUGGACCUACUCUUAGAAUGGUGAUAAAACACGAGAGACCUUUAAACAUGGAUGCCGUACUCAAAUAAUUUCCGUAUUGAAAAGAAGUUUUCUGUUUUCUUAGAAAGACUCGGAGUGAUCUUGCCAGAAUGAAUGAAGCAACAGAGGAAACAGAAACGAUAAAACCAGAAGAUAUACAUUCUUUGUUGGAACACUGUAAUAAGACCACGCACAAAGUGAAAGAUGGCGACAUACAGGGUGAAUUUAUCAUGGAAAGAUGUCUUAUGCUUUUGGCAAGGGAUUACAGAUAUUCUGUGAUAACAAAUUUUAAUGGAGAACUAUGUAGCCACUAUCCCAGUAAAUUGGUGAUGCUGGAAUACCAGCUGACAGACGCAGAGAAACAGACAAGGAAACAGGAGGAUGUGCAGAGCAUCUAUGACAUAGAAAAACUUAGAGACCUUGUGAAACAGGCACGGUAUGCUAGAUGUCGGUCAAGAUUUGCAGUGCCAGUCAUUCUUUGCGAAGGAAAGCAUGUAUGUAGGUCAGCCACCCUGUCCAGUGGAGCGGAGAUGUAUGGUCGACAGGGGCUGGACUUUCUGUUUUCUGGUCCUCCAGGAAGUGAGGCCUCACCCAACAUGCCGACUCCGGGGCCCACGCCCAGCUCGGGUGAGAUGCAGAUGAUUGACCGCUAUAGAGGACAGGACAUCAAACUUCUCAAAGAGUUCUCAGUCGGCUACAUAUGUGACCUCAUGGUUGAGAAGAAAAAAGUCAAAUUUGGUUUAAACAUCACAUCUUCUGAAAAAGUAGAUAAAGAAAACAGAUAUGCAGAUUUUUGUAUAUUGUCAAUUCCAUAUCCAGGUUGUGAAUUCUUCAAGGAAUGGAAAGAUAACUCUUACCUGGGAGAGACAAUGACAUUCGACUGGAGUCAGAACUAUGUGGACGCCGUGCUGGACAUCCCUGAUGACCCUCUGUUAUCACAGGUGGGGAUAGACUGGAGAAAGUACCGGAGUUGGGACUUAGUCCGUCUUACACAGAACUACCUAAAACUGCUGCUUCAUAUCUUGAUUGAAGGGGACACAGGGGUACUGGUACACUGUAUAUCAGGCUGGGACCGAACGCCUAUGUUUAUCUCCCUUCUACGGAUCUCCCUCUGGGCGGACGGUGUUGCUCACGCCUCUCUCAACCCCACAGAGAUACUCUACCUCACUCUGGCCUAUGAUUGGUACCUCUUCGGUCAUAGCUUACAAGAUAGAGUGAACAAAGGAGAGGAGAUUUUAUUCUUCUGCUUUAACUUCCUGACUAAUAUAUCAUCAGAAGAAUUCUCCGUUUCCAACAAAAGUAACAUUAGGAAGCCAAGCAGAACAGACUCCGAGUGCAAUAUGGAGGGUGUUUUACUAGAAACUGACCCUCGUCGCCAUAGUUACCGUGGCAGCAACACCAGUAUUAGUAGUGUAGGCAGUUCUAGUCAGGACCAUGCACUGGCGACCUUUAACCUUAACCCUGAGGAGGACACGUUUACACCGGGCAUGGCGAGUCCGACUGUAGUGAUGCCUCCACACCACAGAUCGGCACCCUUAAGGUCCGGUGUAGAGGGGGCCGUCCACUUCCACGUGUCACACCCCUCUGGUUCCUCGUCUAGUCCCGUGGCCGUCCCUAGUAGUGUCCGGAAUCUGACCGACUCUGGUAGAGCCAGCUCUCCGGCGUGUGGCAGUUGGCAGGUGAUCUCCAGUACAGGAAGUCUGAGAGGCUAUGCCACCUCCAGUGACUCUCCUCACUCCUUCGGUUCACUCACAGAUAGUUCUGCUUCCAGUAGUAGACUAAGCUCAUGCUGUGAAGCAACAGAACUCCAGGAAACCACCCGAUGGAAAAAGUUGGACUCUGUUAGAAAAAUAUUCCAUAAUGCAUAUGCUAACAAAAUCGUGUGUAAGCAUGGUCGUGAUGCUGGUGGAAUAGGGAUGCUGCUGGAUCAAUUUGCUGAAAAAGUCGGUAUCCGUGGGAACAGAAAUACUUUUGUUUAAAGUGUUUAAAAAAGUGCUAUUUGUGAUAUUAACUUUGAUAGACUUUGUUUUUAAUGCAUAUGUCUGGGGAACAGUGUUUUUGGAUAGGAUAUCUUCGUGUUGGUGUACGAGGGACAUCCUUGUGUUGGUGUAUGAGGGACAUCCUUGUGUUGGUGUAUGAGGGGACGUCCUUGUGUUGGUGUAUGAGGUACAUCCUUGUGUUGGUGUAUAAGGGACAUCCUUGUGUUGGAGUAUGAGGGGACAUCCUUGUGUUGGUGUAUAAGGGACGUCCUUGUGUUAGUGUAUGAGGGGACAUCCUUCUGUUGGUGUAUGAGGGGACGUCCUUGUGUUGGUAUAUGAGGGGACAUCCUUGUGUUGGUGUAUAAGGGACGUCCUUUUGUUGGUGUAUAAGGGGACAUCCUUGUGUUGGUGUAUGAGGGGACGUCCUUGUGUUGGUGUAUAAGGGACGUCCUUGUGUUGGAGUAUGAGGGACAUCCUUGUGUUGGUGUAUAAGGGACAUCCUUGUGUUGGUGUACGAGGGACAUCCUUGUGUUGGUGUAUAAGGGACGUCCUUGUGUUGGUGUACAAGGGAUAUCCUUGUGUUGGUGUAUAAGGGACAUCCUUGUGUUGGUGUAUAAGGGACGUCCUUGUGUUGGUGUAUGAGGGACAUUCUUGUGUUGGUGUAUAAGGGACAUCCUUGUGUUGGAGUAUGAGGGACAUCCUUGUGUUGGAGUAUGAGGGACAUCCUUGUGUUGGUGUAUAAGGGACGUCCUUGUGUUGGAGUAUGAGGGACAUUCUUGUGUUGGUGUAUGAGGGACAUCCUUGUGUUGGAGUAUGAGGGACAUCCUUGUGUUGGUGUAUGAGGGACAUUCUUGUGUUGGUGUAUAAGGGACGUCCUUGUGUUGGUGUAUAAGGGACGUCCUUGUGUUGGUAUAUGAGGGACAUCCUUGUGUUGGUGUAUGAGGGACAUCCUUGUGUUGGUGUACGAGGGACAUCCUCGUGUUGGUGUAUAAGGGACGUCCUUGUGUUGGUGUAUGAGGGACAUCCUUGUGUUGGUGUAUAAGGGACAUCCUUGUGUUGGUGUAUGAGGGACAUCCUUGUGUUGGUGUAUAAGGGACAUCCUUGUGUUGGUGUAUGAGGGACAUCCUUGUGUUGGUGUAUAAGGGACAUCCUUGUGUUGGUGUAUGAGGGACGUCCUUGUGUUGGUGUAUAAGGGACAUCCUUGUGUUGGUGUAUGAGGGGACAUCCUUGUGUUGGUGUAUGAGGGACAUCCUUGUGUUGGUGUAUAAGGGACAUCCUUGUGUUGGUGUAUAAGGGACAUCCUUGUGUAAGUGUAUGAGGGACAUCCUUGUGUUGGUGUAUGAGGGGACAUCCUUGUGUUGGUGUAUAAGGGACAUCCUUGUGUUGGUGUAUGAGGGACGUCCUUGUGUUGGAGUAUGAGGGACAUCCUUGUGUUGGUGUAUGAGGGACAUCCUUGUGUUGGUGUAUAAGGGACGUCCUUGUGUUGGAGUAUGAGGGACAUCCUUGUGUUGGUGUAUGAGGGGACAUCCUUGUGUUGGUGUAUGAGGGACAUCCUUGUGUUGGUGUAUAAGGGACGUCCUUGUGUUGGAGUAUGAGGGACAUCCUUGUGUUGGUGUAUGAGGGGACAUCCUUGUGUUGGUGUAUGAGGGACAUCCUUGUGUUGGUGUAUAAGGGACGUCCUUGUGUUGGAGUAUGAGGGACGUCCUUGUGUUGGUGUAUGAGGGACAUCCUUGUGUUGGUGUAUAAGGGACGUCCUUGUGUUGGUGUAUGAGUGACAUCCUUGUGUUGGUGUAUAAGGGACGUCCUUGUGUUGGUGUACGAGGGACGUCCUUGUGUUGGUGUAUGAGGGACAUCCUUGUGUUGGUGUAUGAGGGGACGUCCUUGUGUUGGUGUAUAAGGGACAUCCUUGUGUUGGAGUAUGAGGGACAUCCUUGUGUUGGAGUAUAAGGGACAUCCUUGUGUUGGUGUAUAAGGGACAUCCUUGUGUUGGAGUAUGAGGGACAUCCUUGUGUUGGAGUAUGAGGGACAUCCUUGUGUUAGUGUAUAAGGGACAUCCUUGUGUUGGUGUAUAAGGGACAUCCUUGUGUUGGAGUAUGAGGGACAUCCUUGUGUUGGAGUAUGAGGGGACAUCCUUGUGUUGGUGUAUGAGGGACAUCCUUGUGUUGGUGUAUGAGGGACGUCCUUGUGUUGGAGUAUGAGGGGACAUCCUUGUGUUGGUGUAUAAGGGACAUCCUUGUGUUGGUGUAUAAGGGACGUCCUUGUGUUGCUGUAUGAGGGACGUCCUUUUGUUGGUAUAUGAGCAUGAGGGACAUCUUGUUUUGGUGAAUGAGGGGACAUCCUUGUGUUGGUGUAUGAGUGAAUGCCAGUACAUAUUUAUGCUGUGUCGCUGUAAUUAAUUCAUUUAUUAGUGCACUGUCUGUGAACUGUCGUACUGACAUUUUGGUUAGAAUAUUCCUGUCUGAUAAAUUGAGGAAUAUGUUGUUAUUUUUAGCCCAUGACCAUCUUUUCAAAUCACCCUUUGUCCGUGAUUCCUCAUGCCCGUCUGUCUCUUCGUCCAUCCGUAAACAAUCAUAGUUACAUAAGAGAGUAGAUCAUUAUGUUGUGAGCCUCGUAUUGAAGGAGGUACUCAAGGAUGUUCUUUCUAAGUCCUGCUAUUCUCUGACUAAAUAGGGCCGUGUACCAAGGACUGGUCUCAUUCAUAAUAAGUUGGUUUAAGACUGCUCCAAACUGAUCAGAUGUAUCUUGUCCAGACUGCUCCAAACUGAUGAGACGUACAGUACAUUGUACAUUGUUUCUUGUCAAGACUAAAUAUGUAUUAUAUAUCAUGUGGUAUUGGCUAGUCAUUGGCAUUCAUUCUUUUUCUCAAACUUGUCAUGUGUCUUUCUCAGAUUUUAUAUGAAGUUCCCUUUUUGAUCCCUACACGUGCAUGCUCAAUUUUGAUUGAGAAUAAUCAGGGGAAAAGGGAAAAAAAACAAUGGCCGACAUGCAGCCAUCUUGGAUUUUAACAGUUGAAAUUUGAUGAUUUAUUAUGUAAAUGCUAUUUCUCAGAAAGUUCUUAAAACUUUCUUAGAUUUCUUUCAUAGAUUCCCAGCCAUCCGGCAGCAACUUUUCCUUUAUACAACUUCUUCUCAAUAUCAACGAGGCACAAAGAGCUGAUAUUGGUCCUGUAGCAUGCUGGGGUGAAGGGCUACCAAGUUUGUUCAAAUGAGUGAUACAUUCAUGGUCACAGGGGUCAAAAAGCCUAAAAUGUUUCAACCACUUCUUCUCAAUAACCAAAAUGCCCAGGGACUUGAUAUUGGGCCUGUAGUAUGCUGGGAUAAGGUCACAAGGGUCAAACAGCCUAAAAUGUUUCAUUGGCUUCUUCUCAAUAACCAAGAGGCCCAGGGUCUUGAUAUUUGGCCUAUAGCAUGCUGAGGUGAAGGGCUACAAGUUUGUUCAAAUGAAAGACAUUGACCUACAAUCAAGGUCACAGUGGUCAAAUAGGCUAAUAUCUUCAAAUGACUUCUUCUCAAUAACCAAGAAGCUCAGGGACUUGAUAUUGGGCCUGUGGCAUGCUGGGGUGAAGGGCUACAAAGUUUGUUCAAAUGAAAGACCUGGACCUACAUUCAAGGUCACAUGGGUCAAAUAGGCUUCAAUCUUUAAACUGAUUUUUCCAUAGCCAAGAUCCCUGAUAUUGGGCAAAUACCAUGCUGGAAUGACAGACUAAAAAAUGCAUUGACAUGAAUAAACCUAGCCUAACUGAUAUUUGAAUAAAGUAGUAAUCAGCAUAGUUUCUGCAAAAAUGACCUAGAUCAACUUCAAAAUUGCUGUAGAACCAGGUGAACGGUACAGGCCCAUUAGGCCUCUUAUUGAAUGAUAAAAGGACAGGGAAAGAAAAGAAAGUAGAGAGAAGAUCAAUCUGACAUAGAACCAAUAAAGAUCAUUCAAUGGUAGGCGCCAAGAUCCCUUUGGGAUCUCUUGUUGGUAUUAGGUAUUCUUCACUGUAUAUAUUUAGGUCAAAUACUGGUAUGUUUUGAACUGAGGAUAAAUAGCAGUUUGGGAUCAACAACAACAAAAAAAUUGUAGAUUUCUGUUACACAGUGCACACAUGUCAAAUAUAUGGUUGGUUUUACAGAUCUCCAUAAGAAACUUGUGUACGAUUUUAAUACAAAUGUCUUUUCAUAAGAGCCCUCUAAACAUAUAACUCAUCAUUCUAAAUCAUCAUUGAAAAGGCAGUUAAAACCAUAUAGGUUUGAUUAGGUAGAACACUGACUGUACAUGAAGAGUGACGUCAAUGUUUUAUCAUAGAGAGGUUUGUAUGUUACGGGAUCAAUUUGUGUGUGCACUUUUUAAGAUAUAUGCAUGACUCUUGACAAAGUCCUUUUAACAAAAUUUUAGCUUUAUUACAUUUGUUUGUAUCUGUGAUCAAAGUGUUGCAUUUUAAAAUGAUAAACAUCUUAUAGUGAGAAUAUAUUAUUGUGAAGACUGAGUUUGUUUGAUAUGUGUUAAAAGUUCUGAAAGUCAUAAACAAAACCAUUUGACAGAUAUUCUUUAUUCUAAAAAGAUCUCUGUAUUUUCUUUGUAUCUUGUUAAAAUUCUGACUGAUGUGUCUAAAUUCAUGCUUUGGACACUACAUCAAUAUGUGUAUGCUACAUUUACAGUACUCCUAUACGUAUACGAGGUCUAAUUCCACCUGAUUACAUGCCUGUCAAAAGUUUCCUGUCGUGUUAACAUAAUUAUUGGAAUACAUUUAUAGGAAUAUCACUACACAUAUAAUGUACAUUUACCAAUAAAAUGACUGAUCGUACCUUAAUCCAGCCUGUAUGUAGAGGGUGACCCCUAACCUUCAGGUCAUUGCUUGUCCCCAUUCUCGGCCCCAAUCGGCCGUCAAGCUAUACCACUACUGCCUGAACCAAGGGAAGUAACUCUGAUCAGAAUGGUUUGUUUCCAGACCCGGAAUUGACCAAUGAACAGCUGUAACAGCAACUGUAAACAGAACAAACCAAUACCCCUGUCUAUAGCAGUCUUUCCUAAAUUGUUUGUUUCUGUUAUAUGGUUUAAUGGUUGUAAGAAUGAAGGUUGUAGAAACAAUGUAACAAAUGGUCAAGGACCACUUAACAAAUGUAUUAAUAUUUUGUUGAAAAGUGUGUGCAUUGCAAGAGCAACAUAUAUCUUGACUUUUUCCAUUUUAAUGUUCAAAACAUGUGCCAAAUAUUUGUGUACUGGAGGAAGAAAGCAGAUUGAAAGUAGGUUUUCCAAUUGAUUUUCUUAUCAAUGCUAAACAAACUUCUACCUUAUUUCUCAGUUGUUUAAGUAUUUCCAGUUGUUACUUGUAUACCUGUAAAACUCCUUUGACAGUGCAUUGGUUUCAAUGUGAAAUAUAACGCCUAUAAAACAAUAACAACAAAAUUAAUCACCCUUAACUUGUUUGGUCUUUCAAAAAAAUUUUGAAGAGCGAGAUAAAAAUGGAAUCGAGAUUAAAUUUGUUGACCGUUUUUGUCAGUUUUGCUGGUGUAUUUUUUUCUGAAAUAAAAAUUAUGAUGUAUAGCUCUUACUAGAUCAUUUAAAUGAGUCAAUGUGGAAUUGCGAAAAUCAGUUGCAUAUUUCUUUCACACAAUUGUCAUGCACAUAGAUUUUAUGUAAGAAAUGCUUUGACAAAUUAAUUUAAAUGGUCACAAUAUCUUAUUACAUGUAUAUGUAAAAAAACAUAUCUCCAGCUUUUCAAACUUUUUAACAAUUUGUCUGUGUUCUGUCAAGUGUCCGAGAAUUUUGUACAUGUAUGUAAGAUAAAUAAACAUAUGUACCAUACAUGGCUUAAUGUUUGGGUUUAAACUGCUUUUAUAAUUUCAGUUUCAUCAUGACAUAUCAUUUUCAUCCUUGAUUUUCAUGUUAGUAUUUGAAAUAUUUGAUAAUUUAUUCAUAUGUACCAUUGAUAUAUAAUAUAUUUAUUUUUCCUCAUCUUAUGAUUAUUCCUGAUUAAGUCUCACAGAAUUUGUAUAGUUUCAAAUGUUGUCUGUGAUGUAUUGGAAGCUUUACUUAGGAGAAAUUUUAGAGGACACCAGUCAUCUACCAGAUGACAGAUGACUUACUGUUCUUGAAUGGCCACAAUAUAUCGUGGAAUUUAGAAAAAUGUCCUGGUAUUUCCAAAAUUAACUUAAUUGAUGUGCAAUCACAGAUAAAGAUUUUUUUUCUUUUCUGUUUAUUUUUUCUUUCUGCGAGAUAUAUAUAUAACCUUAACCAAAUUAUCCUGUAGUGUUUUGUGAAAAUGGAUAUGAAAAUUAUAUAAUGUCCUUAUAUUUGACACAAAAUAGCUGAUGGAUGAUAGGAGUCACAUUUUCCUUUUGAAUUGACACCCCUGGGGAUCAAGGUAUGAUUGUUUAUUUUUGAUCAAAACUGUAACAUCAUUGAAUUUUACCUUAUUACAAUAUUCUGACAAUUUCUCAGCGCUACAUGAAUUAUAAUAUAAUUGUAUUCCUACAGAAAUUAUUAAACAUCAUCAGUUUCUAAAGAGCAAAACCUCCUGUCAUUUGGAUACAGGUAGUCAGUGUACUUUUCACUGACAUUAUUUUGGAGUGCUACUCUGUAAGUCAGAUUGAAUACUGGAUCAGUUUGAGCUCUAACCGUGCUACUCCAUAAUAGAUUGACAUCUGGUACAAUUUUUAGCUCUAACUGUUGAAGUACUUCUCCAUCAAAAUCUACAUCUUGAUGAAUAUUGAGCUAUAACUUUUGAAAGUACUUCUCUAAAAAAUUGACAUCAGAUCAAUUUUGAGCUAUAACUUUUGAGAGUACUACUUGUACUGUUAUAAUUAAGAGCGCUACGCUGUAACAAAUUGAGAUCACAUCAAUUUUGAGUUAUAACUUUGAAGUCCUGAGUACUACUCUGAAACAGAUUGAUGUCAGAUCUAUUUUGAUCUGUUGUAUCAUUUAAAUGACAAAUUACAUUAAGGAAUCAUGUUGAAGUUCCUGGUUGAAAAUAGCUUAAAACAGAGUGAAGAAGAAUAAUUAUAAAGAUGAAAUGUUUCAACUACCCCAGGGACCUCUUGAGAUAUCCAUACUUGAAGAUUAAGAAAAAAAUUUAUGUAGUAGACAUUUAAUAAGUAUAAAAAAUGUACCAUUGUCUACUAAACACGUUAUGGAAUUUAUAAAAACAAAAAGGUCGCAGUUAUUAAUUAAAUAAUUGAAAAACAUUUAAAUUGAAGUCACCUGGGGUGUCAAGUUAAAGUGAAAUACUGAGGAAUAUAACUGUUGUUAUUAGAUACAUGUAUAUAAUACAUAUUAUGUACAUAUUUCAGAAAUAUUAAAUAUCAUUAUCGACGACUUA